CAGAAAUUAAAUAACGAGUCUGUGACGAUUGAAUUGAAGAAUGGUUCUGUAGUACACGGUACUAUGAUAAACUGCGAUCCUUCUAUGAAUGCCCACCUUCGUAGCGUUAAACUGAUCACUAGGAAUCUUCCAGCUUGCAAUCUAGAUACUAUAUCAAUUAGAGGGAACAACAUAAGAUACGUUAUCCUCCCUGACAGUCUUCCACUCGAUACUCUCCUAGUAGACGACGCACCUCAGCCAAAAGUAAAUAAGCGUAAAGAAGCCAUAAAAGAAAGAGCAAAAACUAUGAGGGGUAGAGGUGGCCCUAGAGGUGGUCCAAGGGGUAGAGGUAGAGGUGGCCCACGUUAA